UUUUUUUUUACACCCCAGCGAAGUGUCGGGUCGGGUGCCCCAGCUCAGCGGUCGCAUGCAUCAUCCAAUGUUUGUUUGACACGUCAUCGACUGUUUCGUUGAUUGACCGAUUGCUAUAGCAUGUUUCGGGAAUUGCUGGCUGAUAAAAUACCGAUCGAGGCGAUGGAAGAUCUGUCCGGCUUUGGCAACAUCUGAGAGUGGAGGAAGGAGACCUCAGUCAUCAAGCAGGUGCGCAGCCUCAGCACCCGACAGAACAGGAUAUUCCGUGGGACGUGGAUUUACUAGAAUUAUUUAUUUAAUUAAUGUUGUAGUAACCGACAAAGCACAUACUUCCGUCCACUACAGACAAAUGUACUCCAGAAUGUCAAGGCCCUUUAAGGCCCUUUAAGAAACAUUCUGCAACCAACUGUGUACUGGAAAAGCCGAGAUCCUAAAGUGACCAGAGAAAGACAUACCUGGAGUGUCCGCAGCAGGCCAGGUGGUUGGAAGAGCAACCCAGCCAUUCAGACAUGGCAGAACCCGGCCUGACGUCCCCCUCGGAGGCCCCUCUGCGGUCGCCACGGACAACGCCCCUGUCUCUAUCCUUCAACUUCCUGAGAGAAGGCAGCCGCGUAUGGGAGGGGGGAGCACCACCCCAGCCACGGUCGCUGCCCAGCCCCCUGCCCACCAAGCGCACACGCACCUACUCCGCCACGGUGCGGGCUACUUCCGGGCCGGCGUUUAAAGGCGUGUGCAAGAGUUUCUGCAGGUCGCAAGGUCAUGGCUUCAUUCGCCCCACCAAUGGUGGAGAUGAUAUCUUUGUUCACAUCUCUGAUAUUGAGGGUGAGUAUGUCCCAGUGGAAGGAGACGAGGUCACAUACAAAGUCUGCCGGAUCCCACCCAAAAACCUGAAGGUCCAGGCGGUGGAAGUUAAGAUUGUUCAUCUUAACCCGGGUACGAAGCACGAGACCUGGUCUGGCCAGAUCAUCAGCCAGCUGGAGGAGUGCUAGGCCUCAGCGCCGGGCUGUUUGUUUACACCCGGGUACAGGCAUGGCUCAGGUCAACUACAACUCUCAGAUCAACUGCAACUCCCAGAUCGACUACAACUCCCAUUAGGGUGCCAUGUGGCAAUUUGUAGUCCUGUUUGGAAAUUCUACCUCACCAUUGUGGUAUGAACAAAUUACUAUAACAUUUGUGAAACUCUUUCUGAAUCACCUUUCAAUUAUCUGAGAGACACUGUAAUACACUGUCAUUGAAACUUAAUACAUUUUGAUGUAGAUGUUUUAGGUCCUGAUAUGGUAACAUGAUUGUUAAUGAAAAUAGUUUCAUGUUUGUUACGUAGUUGGUUCAUGUCAGUUUAUUAUGUUACGCUUCACUCCAUAUUUCUAUGCAUUUUUCUAUCUUCCAUUUUUACUCCUCUGGAUUGUAUCAUUUCAAGUUUUAUUGUGUUAAAAUACAUUCUAUAUUGGUCACAGUUCAGAGCGCUUUCUGUAAGACAUGCCACUGUGUCUAUGGUGUUUAACCUCAUGUGAGCCUGAAAGAGCACAAAAGACAAUUUAUGAUUCACAACUA